UCUCCACCCUGUCUAGUCUUUGGAGGAGAGAAUCUGCCUCUGGAAAUCCACCUCGAUCAGACAGGGUCCCUUCAUGCAUGGUCUUUGGGCUUUUGUGCUGUCCUGCUGGAUCUCUGUGGUUGGAUGAAGGAAUCCUAAUGUGCAGGGCCACGGCUGCAGGUGGCAUCCAGAGAGGCUGCGGUGGCUGCCGGUAGCCAUUGUACUGGCUGACCCUUUGCUGUCCACGGUCUUCCAAGAACAACCUGUGUCCAGGAGGCAGAAGAUGCUGUACUCGAGCCUGCAUCCAUCCAUCCCACAUCCCAGAGGCUGCAAGACUAAGCUGGCAGCUUUGGUCUUGCUAGUGGUCUGCCUGGUGGUCCUUUGGAAGACAGGGAAGCCACCGGAAUACACUUUACGGUGGUUGGCGUUCCAUUUCACCUCCUUGCAGCUGGGCCUGCUGCUGAAGGAAGCCUGCUGUCUGGCCGAGGAGCUGUGCCAUGUUCAUUCCAGGUAUAGCGGCAACUACUGGAAGGCUGUGCAGGCCUGCCUGGGCUGCUCCCCCCUCCGCCAUGGGGCCCUGAUAUUGCUGUCCUGCUAUUUCCUACCGACUGACCAUGGCCUGUCCCUCAGCUGGGCACUCGCACUCCUGGGCCUCUCUGAAGCAGUCAACAUCCUCUUCAACCUCCAGGGCCCGUCUCCGGCAGAGAUCUCUGCAGUCUGUGAAAAACAAAACUUCAAUGUGGCCCAUGGGCUGGCAUGGUCAUAUUACAUCGGGUAUCUGAGGCUGAUCCUGCCAGGGCUCCAGGCUCGGAUCCAAGCCUACAAUAAGAGCCACAACAACAUGCUACAGGGUGCAGGGAGCCAACGGUUGUAUAUCCUCUUCCCCUUGGACUGUGGAGUGCCUGAUGACCUGAGAAUGGUGGAUCCCAACAUUCGCUUCAUGAAUAUGCUGCCCCAGGUGCAUGCUGACCGCGCUGGCAUCAAAGGGAGAGUUUACUCGAAUAGCGUCUAUCAGCUUCUGGAAAAUGGGAAGCCGGUGGCGACCUGUGUCCUGGAGUACGCCACCCCCUUGCAGACCUUGUUUGCCAUGUCACAGGACAGCAGGGCUGGCUUUAGCCGGGAUGAUCGACUUGAGCAGGCUAAACUCUUCUGCCGGACACUGGAGGACAUCCUGGCAAAUGUCCCUGAGUAUCAGAACAAUUGCCGCUUCAUUGUCUACCAGGAACCUGUGGAGGGAGGCAGCUUCUUGCUGUCCCAGGAAGUUCUCCGGCAUCUGCGGCAGGUGGAAAAGGAAGAGGUUACUUUGGGCAGCUCAGGGACCCUGGCAGUGCCAGGCCCAACCUCGCUGUCCCAGGAGCCCCAACUCCUCAUCAGUGGGACAGAAGAGCCUCUCCCGCUCCGUACAGAUAUCUUCUGGGGCCCUGGUCACCACUCCUGAGCCUCCAGCGACCCCCAAGAUGCUGGACUGGGGACCACCUCAGGGGCUGCAUGUCCAGCAGAGCUGCUUUCUCCCACAGAGGACUUGCAGGC